UUCCCAAAAGCAAGAUUUUUGUGAUUAUUUAUUCACACGUAGAACUUCCCCAAGGACGGACGUCUUUCAAAACGCAACAAACUAAAAUCAAAUCCCUUACUCAACUCUACUUCUCUCUCUUACAUUCCCCUUUCCAUUUCCUCUCUCACCUAAAAAAAUAUGUCUCUGGAAAUCACCGCCGGUACUGACGGCCGCGACGGUAAAGCCUCUCCAAAUCCGAUCAAAACCAUUGUCAUUCUGGUACAAGAAAAUCGAUCCUUCGACCACAUGCUUGGCUGGAUGAAAACUCUAAAUCCAAAAAUCGAUGGCGUCACUAACCAAACUCAAUUCUCCAACCCUAUCUCCACCUCCCAUCCAAACUCGCAAUCUAUUCCUUUUGGAAACGCCUCCGCCUUCGUCGAUCCCGAUCCUGGCCACUCAAUCCAAGACAUCUACGAGCAGGUUUUCGCCCACCCAUGGUCUGACGAUCUCCAUCCUCUGCCGCCGCCUUCUAUGCAAGGCUUCGCACAGAACGCCGAGCGAAUUCAAAAAGGAAUGUCCGCCACCGUGAUGAACGGAUUCAAGCCGGAGGCGGUGCCGGUGUUCAAAGAGUUGGUGGCUGAGUUCGGAGUGUGUGACCGGUGGUUCGCGUCGGUGCCGGCGGAGACGCAGCCGAAUCGACUGUUUUUGCAUUCGGCGACGUCGUUUGGACUGACUAGUAACGAUACGAAGCAGUUGAUCGAAGGACUUCCGCAGAAAACGAUUUUCGAAUCAUUAGAGGAAGAAGGCUUCAGCUUCGGGAUUUACUAUCAGUAUUUUCCGGCUACUCUUUUCUACCGGAAUUUAAGAAAACUGAAAUACAUAAAGAACUUCCAUAUCUUCGACUUGGAUUUCAAGAGAGAUUGUCGAGAAGGAAAGCUACCAAACUACGUAGUGAUAGAACAGAGAUACUUUGAUUUAGCAUCACUACCUGGAAAUGAUGAUCAUCCUUCCCACGACGUUUCAGAAGGCCAAAAACUCAUCAAAGAGGUCUAUGAAGCUCUGCGAUCCUGUCCACAGUGGAACGAAAUCCUCUUCUUGAUCACUUACGACGAGCAUGGCGGUUUCUUCGAUCACGUCCCUCCCCCCUCUGCUGGAGUUCCCAAUCCUGACGGCCGACUCGGCCCUCCGCCAUACAAUUUCAAUUUUGAUCGCCUUGGACUUCGAGUUCCGACCAUCUUUGUCUCUCCUUGGAUUGAACCCGGAACAGUGGUGCACAGGCCGAGGGGGCCGGAUCCGACGUCGGAAUUUGAGCAUUCGUCAAUUCCUGCAACGGUGAAGAAAAUUUUUGGUCUGAAACAGUUCUUGACGAAGCGUGACCAAUGGGCCGGCACCUUUGACAUUGUUCUUAAUCGCCACACCCCUAGAACUGAUUGUCCAGUCACACUAAACAAUCCUGUGAAAUUACGGGACGUCGAGGCGAACGAGAUGAGGCAGAUCAGCGAGUUCCAGGAAGAGUUGGUACAGUUAGCAGCAGUACUAAGAGGAGAUGGGAAGAAAGAAAUCUAUCCCAAAAAGUUAGUAGAGAAAAUGUCUGUUGUGGAGGCAGCUUCAUACUGUGAAAAUGCACUGAAAAGUUUCUUCAAUGAGUGUGAAAAAGCUAAAGAAAAUGGAGCUGAUGAAUCUCAAGUUGUUGUUUGUGGAAAGAACAACCAAAUUCUUCAACCUUCUAAUUCCAAGCCCAAAUCCUUAGCUCGUAAGUUCUUUGCCUGCUUCGCUUGCCAUGGUUGAUUGAAAAAUUAUUGCUCUUAUAUUGUUUAUGCAUAUGCCACCAUUUGAUUUGAUUGUUUAAUUUGAACUGUUAAUUUAAAUUUUAGUUAUAUAUGAUUGAAUAUAUAUAACUUCUUUUGUUUCAAAUGAAAAUAUAUUUACUGAUCUGUGUGUUAUUUAUUAGUGAAAAA